CUCUACACAUAUUAAUGGAAAAGUGACAUCAUCACAAUUACCAAAAGGUCUUAAAGGUCCAAAUCCUGUACAAAAGAAAAUUUUGAACGAUGCGAAAACGUACGGAUAUCAGAAGUUUGACAUUACACUUUUGUACUUGUUGAUAAGAAAUUAUUGCAGUACAAUCCCUCAGCCCACAAAUAACUGGGGUUUAAAGGCCAUGCCUGGAGUAGGGGAGACAACUGUUGGUGAUGACGUGGAGAGGAUCCGACUGAUUCGAAACCAAGUGUACAGUCACGUGAGUUCAGCCUCUGCCUCACAGACAGAAUUUGAUGAUAACUGGUCAAUCAUUUAUGAUAUCUCUAAACGACUUGAAGUCUGUACAGGAAAAAGUUACUUGAGUAAACUGGAUGAAAUAAAGAAACUUUCCUUGGAAAAGGAUAGACAAGAGGCAAUUAUAAAGGAAGUUAAAGUCGUAUGUGAGCGUGACCCAGAAAUACUCGAGAGAAUGCAAUCAAUUGAAACUGGUAUACAGUCUAUACAGAGAGAUUUGCAAGAAAUAAAAUUAGAUAAGCCUCGCGGGAGAAAAGAAGAAGAAGAGGCCUGGUGGCCUAGAUGGUGUGGAAUCUUGUAAAUAUAAAUAUUUGCUUUCAAAUGACCGAAGAAGGAUAUUACAGAUAUGACACUGUAUUGAGAAAAACUUAUUUUAUAGAAUGUUACCAAAUAUUCAUUUUAGAGCAAACAUAUAUUUUUUUUUUCUUUUAGAUUUCUAAAGUUUGUACAUGUAAAUAUAAUGUUUUCAUCUUACUUUUAUUCAGAAAUAUUAACUAAACUGUCAUGUAAUAUGCAUACAUGUUGAAUACCGUUAGCUGUAUAUGC